AUGAAGUCGUUCGUUAUCAGCCUUCUUUCGCUUGGUGGCGUCGCUUUGGCGGCAAACGACUGGUCCAGGGCUUGCCAUGGAGGGCAAUGCGCUUGGGAUGUACCUGCGUCGACGGUACAAGCCGGUUCGGCUUCAUUGCAAUUGUGGUCUUCCUCGCCAUCGGCCAUCACGGACAUCACACCUGCAGCUGGAUGGGCCAUCCUCACCUGCAUGGGUUCCGUCGCGGCUCAAACCGUCCGUAUCGCGUGCACCGAUCCUUCUUUCGGCUGCGCGCAUCUCCUCGACUCUAAAACAAACCCGGUCGGCCGUAUUGUGCGCUUGACUGACGAGUGCGGUGUGAUGCCGUUCGCUCGCAUUGCGCACAUGCGUCUCGCGGAGGAUCAGACGCUUCCCCACGUUCUCUCGCGUCGCUCCUUGCCUCCCGCCGUGUAUGAUGUUGCGCUUGACACGGACUUCUCUGCUGCAUCUGAGCAUGGGCCUGUGAGCUUCGCCCUCACGGCAUCCUCCCGCCCCGAGAUUCGGGCUGGCAAUGUCGAGCGCGUGCCCCGCGGCCGUUUCCAGCCGCGUGGCUUUGCGGACGAGCUAGAACAGCUCUCCAGGCGCGCGUACAUCGCAGACGGCAUCCGAGAGCUCACUGCGCGCGAUGAUGGCAACACUUUCAACUUGACAAACAGCACCUCUUUCCCGGUAAACGUCAAUCAAACCAACCUGAACGUCUUCAACACCACGAUCAACUGCCAGUCCGCCUCCAUCCCGUUCGACGCCAGCGUCUCCGCUAAUGUGGAUGCCGUUGCCGAUGCGAAAUUCACUCUCGGUGUUGUGGCCACGGGUACUAUCAUCCCGCCGGUGCUCAAUACGGCGGCGAUCACCGCUGGAAUGACGGGUAGCAUUGAUGGCGCUCUACGUGUACAAGCGAGCGCGGAUGGGACGUUCUCGUCGCCUAGCAUUACGCUUUUGGACUUGCCACUGCCAGGAGGCAUUGUUAUUCCAGGUAUUCUUCAGCUCGGGCCUGCAUUCAAGGUCGUGGCCAGUGCCAACGCGAAUCUCGGAAAUGCGAUAGACACAACCGUCGGUCUAUCGUACAAGGUCGACAAUGCUACUCUAGUCUUCCCUCCCGAUCAAGGGAAGAGUAGCGGCAGCUUCACACCCAAUGAGACUCCGCUACAGAUCAGCACAGACACGAACAUUACUGGCUCGGUAUCGCUGACAGGUCAUCUUAUUCCGGAGCUGGUCAUCGGCAUUGACGCCUUUGAGGGUGUCGUUCAGUCUUCUAUCACCCUCUCGCUGGACGCGUCUUCUACGAUCGCCAUCAAUGGUACCGCGGGGAUCACCGACUCGUCCAACUCGUCUGCUAUCAUCACUCCUCAGGGUGCAUGCGUCGACGUCAGCACUGCACUCGACGUGAGCGCUAGCGCGAGUGGCAACCUCUUCGACAUCUUCAGCAGUGGUGUGAGUGUGGAUUUGUUCAACAAGUCCUUCGACCUCUUUAAUACGUGCACCGACUCGGCGGAUCUGAACAGCACUUCAUCAAGCAACAGCAGCAGCCCUGACACGGGAUCUGUCGAGUCCUCUACUGGAAGCAUGAACUCAACUUCAUCUGACUCCGGCUCCGACUCGAGCUCGUAUUCCUCAUCGGAUGACUGCAUCUCGUCCUGCGCCAUGACAUACGGCCUCACCAUGUCAUCCACGACUAGCGCAGCAGCAAGCACCGCUACGGCUUCGAGCUAUGAUUCGUACAGCUCAUCAUCAAACUCUACGAGCUCCGGAUCUUCCUCUUCAUCGAUGUACUACUGGUCCGCCCGUGCUAUCCCGGUUCCCGUCGAUGUACCUCGCGCAAUCCCAGUCGACACGCAGUCCUUGAUCAAGCGGGACACUACCCUGAGCUGCCCCAACUUGCCCUUCAACAUCCACGCACCCACUGGUACUUCCAAGACCACUCCUACAGCUGCCGCGGCGUAA